GAGGAUAUUCUCUACGCGGCAGUAACUUAACCUAACCUAACUUCUUGUUUGUUGCUAAUAAUAAAUUGGAAAAGCUAAGAAUGUGGAAUAAAUAGAUUUUUUGUGUGAUUUAUAUAUAGUGAAUCAUUAUGGCGAUGUUUGAAAUUCUGAGAAAAAAUUAUAGCAAUUACUUGCGAGAUUAUUUCAAACUAUCAGAUGUUGCAUCAUUUCAAAAGAAAUGUAUUGAAUGCUGUGCAAAUGAUGGCGACAGAAAAGCUGCAGUUGAUCAGGCACUACGAGAUACUCUAUUGAUAGUGCUAACAGAGAACUCGGACAAUGUGAGUGUUCUCGAAUCUUACAUCACAUUUUGCAUAGAAUUAUGCAGGAAGGAUCUAGCAACAGCUAGUAUGCCAGUGAUGUUACUGGGUGACAUUUUUGAUUCUAUGACGCUUGACAAGUGUGAAGAACUGUUUAUCUUUGUGGAGAACAAUGUUAAUAUAUGGAAGGAAGAUCUAUUUUUUACUGCUUGCAAAAAUAAUUUAUUAAGAAUGUGUAAUGACUUGUUGAGAAGAUUGUCACGUUCACAACAAACUGUAUUUUGUGGCAGAAUUUUGCUGUUUCUAGCAAAAUUCUUUCCUUUUUCUGAAAGGUCAGGUCUGAAUAUUGUUAGUGAGUUCAAUUUAGAAAAUUACACAGAGUUUGGCUCUGAAGCAGAAAAUGAUCUAGAACAAAUAACUAAAGAUGAUGAUAAGUCGGAAAACAAAAUACCUAUUGAUUAUAAUUUAUAUAGAAAGUUUUGGGCUCUACAAGAUUUUUUUAGAAAUCCCAAUCAAUGUUAUAAUAAAAUUCACUGGAAAGUAUUUUCAACUCAUGCCUCUAAUGUGCUAUCAGCAUUUGCUUCUUUCAAAUUGGAGGAACAACGAAGUUAUCCUACAACAUACAUGAAGAUGGAUUCCUCUGGAGAAGGCUCUCAUAAAGAAACUCAUUACUUUGCAAAAUAUUUGACUAAUCAGAAGUUACUGGAACUACAACUAUCUGACUCUAAUUUUAGGCGAUAUGUACUGCUGCAAUUUCUCAUUCUUUUCCAGUAUUUAAACAGCACUGUUAAAUUUAAAGCUGAGACACACGAACUCAAGUCGGAUCAAGUGGAAUGGGUGAAGACUACCACAGAUCAAGUUUACUCUCUAUUAACUGAAACGCCACCUGAUGGACCGGCAUUUGCAGAGACUGUAAAAAAUAUUUUGAAGCGCGAAGAACAUUGGAAUGCAUGGAAAAACGAAGGUUGUCCACCGUUUAAAAGGCCGACGUCAGAUACCGCUGAAGAAGAACCGCGAAAGCCAAAGAGAAAACGAAGAAUCGGUGAUGUUAUUAGAGAUGCGCAAGCAAUUGGCAAAUAUCACAUGGGAAACCCAGAACUCACUAAAUUAUGGAAUUUGUGUCCUAACAAUCUUGAGGCUUGCAAAUCUAAAGAUAGAGAUUUCCUUCCGUCCCUAGAAACGUAUUUCGAAGAUGCCAUAUUAGAAUUGGAUCCUGCCGCGAUGGUCGAUGAUAAAUACAAGAAAGUAAACGACGGAAACUUUGGUUGGAGAGCGUUACGUUUGUUGGCGAGACGAAGUCCGCAUUUUUUCGUUCACGGUAACAAUCCCAUUAAUAAAUUGCCUGAAUAUCUUGAAACGAUGAUUAAGAAGAUUGCCAAAGAUCGCCCUCAAGUACAGUCUGAUAUAAAGUCGGAAACUGAAGAAACGACACCACCAUCGGAAUCUGCUGAUCAAGAUUUCAAUGAAGAUGUUUUGAAGCAAGAUAAUGAACAGGUAGACUCUGAGACUACCGAUAUAAAAACCAGGAAAUUGAAUAAAGUCACACCGGAAAUGGUAGUGAAAUUAUCGGAAAGUCUGAAAAAUGAUUGGAAGAAGUUGGCAACGAAAUUUGGCUAUACUAAUGAAGAAAUUGCUUUCUUUCAAAGCAAACCAACACCAUAUGAACAAUGUAAGAAUAUGCUCGAGAUAUGGGCUGAAGAAGAUGAGGAUGCGUCAGUCGAAAAUUUAGCUUAUAUCUUGGAAGGUUUAAAUUACACGGAAGCGUUAACUGUGCUCAAAUCUUAAAUACAUUUUUCUUAAAUUUCUUAAAAUAUAUCAGAAAGAUACAUUUGUAUUAUUGUAAUAAAAU